AGGAGAAGACCUCCGUUUCUCUACAUUGCAGCCGAUAGUCUCUAUCUCAGCAUCCGAGCAACACUCCCAAUCGCACAUCACUGGUAUCGUGUAUGUCAUUUCCUAAUGAUAUAGAGAGGGGCUAAAGAGACUCGGGCUUUAGGACGAUCAGAGAAACGGAGGCACAUCAUCAAGUGGUCCUCAAGUAGUGAUUGAAGUUCAGACCAAGUAGCUUAUCGCGAGCUUACUUUGAGUGGAGAGGAAGACAGAAAGAUAGACCAGGUGUGGAAAGGCUCGAGCAAUUGCUCAAGGAAGUAUUGUAAUACAUUAUUAUUUACAUGUUAAUUUGCCCAUUUUAAACCAUCAACAAUGACGAGAAGAUCUUGCACCAUUUACGCCACAGCGAUCGUGUGCGCUCAUCUGCUCAUUUUGGGAAUCGCCCUUCUUGUGGCUCAAGUCUUCCAAACAAUGAUUCAAGAACGCAUCAAAAAGGAGAUCACAUUAGGAGAGAACAGCAGAGUAUUGGAAGGCUGGAUAAAUCCACCGCCUCCUGUAUACAUGCAGUAUUUCUUCUUCAGUGUUACCAAUCCAGAUGAGUUCUUGGCUGGCAAGGCGAAGCCAAAAGUCACUCAAAUGGGACCAUACACUUACAGGGAAUACCGUCCCAGGGAAAAUGUCACUUUCCUUGAAAAUGGGACUAAAAUCUUUGCCACAAACCCCAAGAGCUUUGUGUUUCUUCGCAGCAUGUCAGUGGGAGAUCCCGAGGUUGACCGUGUGACAACAGUUAACAUUCCAUUCAUUGCUGUAAUGAAUGAGUUAAAUUCCUACUCCUUCUUUUUGAGGUCUGCUGUGUCUAUGUGGAUGGGAUCCAUGGGGAUUGAAGUUUUUAUGAAUCGCACAGUCCAUGAGAUGUUGUGGGGUUUCAAAGAUCCGCUGCUUUCCAAACUCCACUCCUUUAGACCAGAAGUGGAUGAGCAUUUUGGCCUCAUGUACAAUAAAAAUGGAACCCAUGAGGGUGAAUUUGUCUUCCAUACUGGAGAGAAAAACUACAUGGACUAUGGCAAGAUCGACACAUGGAAUGGAAUAAGUCAGAUGAAUUGGUGGUCGUCAAACCAGAGCAACAUGAUCAAUGGUACUGAUGGCAGUGUGUUCCACACCUUCCUGUCCAGGAAAGAGCUCCUCUACAUCUUUGCUGCUGAUCUCUGCCGGUCUAUUCAUUUAAGUUAUGUGAGAGACACAGAGGUGAAGGGCAUCCCUGCCUUCCGCUUCGCCCCUCCUUCAGAUGUACUAGCUCCCCCUGAUGAGAAUCCAAGCAACGCUGGAUUUUGCGUGCCUGCCGGAGAUUGCCUCGGAAAGGGAGUCCUUAAAGUCAGCGUCUGUCGGCAAGGUGCUCCCAUUGUUGUGUCAUUCCCUCAUUUCUACCAAGCCGAUCACAGCUACAUCAAUGCUAUUGAAGGGAUGAAUCCAAAUGAGGAGGAGCACGAAACUUACCUGGACAUCAACCCUACCACAGGGGUCCCCAUUCGUGCCUGCAAGAGAGCUCAGCUCAAUGUCAUCUUGAAGAGAGUCAGUGGCUUCCCAAAAACUAAAUUCCUGAAUGGGACUAUUUUCCCUAUCAUGUAUGUCAAUGAGACGGCAACUAUUGACGACGAGUCAGCUGCCCAGAUGAGAACACUUCUGAUUAUUGUAACAGUCGUGUCCAAUUUUCCUGUCAUCAUUGUGGGGCUGGGGGUCAUUUUACUCGUGGUCCUGAUCUUUCUAGUCUGUAGGAACCGCCAGAGAAAGAAUGAAGUAAAACGCAUUGAUUUUACUGAAGCUUUUCAUUCUUUUGCUACGACGAAAGACGAAACGGCUUAUACCCAAGUUAGCAACCAAGCAGAAGAUUCGCCGGAGAACCGCAGUAACCAGCCUUUGAGGAACGGCUCUUAUAUCGCCAUGUCACCGGUGGAGGCACAAAAGUGUUGAUGAAGAUGAUUGGUGGACUAACACCUGGACAUCACAUCCACGAGAAGUGCAUCCUCACUAUUUUUUAUUUUCUCCUUUUCACUGUGCGAUUGGUCUUUGGGGUCAGUCCUCACACACAAACAACACCAACGUUUCCCAAGGGUCACUUGUUUUAAGGUUGACUCGUUACUUAUUCGUUUAUGAACAUGGCCUUCUCAAACUGACAUAUCUCACAAAAGAAAUAUGUAAACACAAAGCUGUCUCUGGGUUUCUGGAGGCUUAUUUUGCCUAGUCAUGAGAGGCCUGAUAAACACUCUCUUGCCUUUAAAAAAGUGUAUGCAUUGCAUGUUAACCGAAUCCAUAGUUCCUGAAAGGGUCAUAAACCCUGUUAGCAUGAUAGAACGUCAGGAGGAAUUCACUGGAACUACUGGAAACCAUCCAUGCUCAUGUCUGGGAAAGCCUGUGCUUUUCACAUGUUUCAAAUUUCUUCCCACACUACUGUAUACAGGUCUACACAGGCAGACCAAGAACUAAUAAAGCUCUAUAUGUCAUACCUGAUAAUGAACAGACAUAUGCAAACUAUCAAAUUACCUCCUCUAAAACUAUUUAGAGGCCUAAAAGGUCUAAUAUGCUAAGAAAAAAAAAACUGGUUCCAAUCCAGUACAUUGUGUGUAUGAUUGUUCAUACCAGUAUGUGUUACUGUAUGUGUUUGUUCGUCUGCAGGCAUGUCUUUGCUUGUAUGUGUUUGUCACACUGUGGUGAAAUGCUCUGGUGGCUCGCCAUCCACCAUUUUGCACGAUGCAGUGUGACAAAAAGUGGACACUAGCGACUUCAGCAGUCCUCUUCAUUUCACGCUCUCCGAGUCACAUCCAGUAGCCUUCACGGCCUAUUACAUUCACUCAACCGAUGCCAGAACUCCUUAGAACUGGAGUUGUCAUGCAUUUCAAGUCAUACUAGCUUUUUUAUCUUUUCAUAAUGAAAGAACAAGAGGCGUAGAAGACUCACACGUGAGACUUGUAUAUUUCUUUUGCCUUACAAAUACUUACAAACACAAAGAUGUAAUUUUGCUGCAUGGUAAUGGCAGGCAUAAGAUGGAACUGUUAUGUGCAGAAGAAAUGGCAGACUACCUCUGACCAAAUCCAGUCUGGAAACAUCCGCAAAUCAAAUUUCAAAAAGUUGAAAUGCUUUGAAACACUUCACAUCUAAAGGCGUCUGUUCUGUAAUCACAAGAGCACAAGCAUGCUUCCUUGCAGUCUAAUCAGUCUCCGACAACAGAAAGGGUAAAAUAUCAGCAGGUUUAGUGUUAUCCGCGAAGUCUGCGCGUUUUUCUGCGCAUGUUCAGUUUAUGUUAACCCUCUGUGAGGCUAAAGGCAAAAGAGACUUGAAUCACUGCUUGUGUCUGUCUUGAGUUUUACGUUUGUGUUUCUUUUUUCUGUCCAUGACGUUCAAGCCUUCACUAUUGCCUCUUAAAAAUGAAUUAAGGCCAUAUAUAAAUCAACUUGAAAAUGAUGUGAGCGCUGCACACUUUCAACAAUAUUACUUUUGGUUUUUUUGUACGCUCAAGUCCACACAUGCAUUUCAGUGGUUUGUCCAAAUAAAUCGUUUUGGGUGUUUGUUGGAAAUUGCCAUUACCCAUGUUGUUUUGUGUUUGAAAAGUGUCCACUGAAGAUAUAUGUAUUUGUAAAAUCAUUCCCAUUUAGGAAACAUUGGGAACAAAUCCAAUUGCAAACACUUGCUGGGAAGAUUGACACUUGUAAAUGUUACUUGACUUGACUUAAUACCAUCGGUUUCCUGAUGCAACCGUGGUUUCUGUGGAUUGCUACGCACAUUGUGGCAAAUUUGCUCAUGCCAUGGGUUUAGCUUAUCUUUAAAGAUUUAGUGCAAGGUUUAAACUGGAAACAUUGUGCACUUACAGUGUCUUAUGCAGCUGUACCUGACUGAAAACCGAGGAAAAGCAAAUUAAGCUUUAGUGUAAUUGACCACCAGUUAAUUACAGGGGCUCUCGGAGAGUUACAUGUUUAAUUAUCAGCACACAUGAUACAAAUGUACUAAAUCGGCCUCUGCCAAAAGUCCUGCUGGACCAUUGGAUCUCAAGUGGUGGGGCGUAAUAUGUGACUUGAGGAUGUGAGAUUUAGAACCUGAGCCAAUUCUAUACGGUUUUCCAGCUUCUUUAUGUUGACUUUUGAAACGUAUUUCCCCUUGUUCACUUGUUCCCUAUAUGCUUGACCAAAGAUAACAAUGGUUUAGUAGAUAAGUUUGUUUACUUUCCACAGAGAUAGCUACAGUGCCAUCGAUUUCCCAUUUGCAAGAGCAUCAGAACCACAUUGUCUACAAGGGCAAAUGAAAGAGAAAGAAAAUUAAAUUAAGUUGCAAAAAUAUUUCCAGAGCAUACUAUGCGAGUUUAAUACAGCAAAGAACUUCACAUUUAAAGUGUUGCCACAGUGCGCAAAUAAACUCAGUAUUAUGUAUUGACAAAGCAAUACAACCAUAUGUAAAAAGCAAAUUUUAUAAUGAAGUAAAAAUUUUUGUAAUCAGACAAACAAUAUUUAUGUAUUCAUAUGUUAAAUUGUAUGUACAUUAUCUGAAUUUGUAAGGUCUUUUCUUUGGUCAUUUUUCAUUUCUAUAUUUUGUAAUAUUACAAGUGGGGUCAUCAAGCGCAUUUCUGUUUUCUUAUUUAUUUAUUUUGUAUCUCCUCCACAGAUUUAUGAAGUAGAACCAAGUAAAAAAUUUUCCUAAAUCCGAGGUGAAACAGUGUAUGUGGUUGUAACUAAAAACUGUAACUUUGAUUGAGAGAUGCUUGUGUUGUAUCUUUGGGAUGUGAGCCUGUCGUGUGUAAUGAUCUCCUGUUAUACAACUUCCUCAAGCUGUCAAUACACUGCUUUUGUCCAGCUGGAUUAACAAAGGGAAGGCUGAGUGUCUUUGAGUUCCAUUUAGGGAGAUUGCCAUAGUGCCAUGUUGGGUACAAGGGAAGUUUCCAUUUGCAAUCUAACCUUUUUUUUCUUAGAUGAAUGAUGCCCUCCUUCAGGGAUGAGCUUUUAGUGCCAUACCAUCCUUGCUUAUUUUAAUCGCUUCAGUAGCGACACAUUUAAGCAGUGUAGCAAUUAUUUGUUAGUGUUUUUUUCUUUCUUUUCUUUGCAUUUCAGGGCUUGUCAUUUUCUCACGACAUCUUUGAGGGUGGUCUUAAAAACACUGAACAUUUCAUCUUUUACUCCUGAUGCAUUGUGGUUUUGCUGCUGAGAUUGACAAUCCUUAUGUCAUGUUAGGUGCAAAAUAAUUUCAAGUAAUAUUCAUUUUUAGUUUUGAUAAUUUACACUGCACAGAUCUUUCUACAAUGCUUUUGUAAACAUUUUUAGUGUUAUUUGCUAAAAAAUAAUAAAAAAUGUUGAAUUUCU